AUGUCUGGGUUUCGAAAAGGGCACUCAACCGCUGUGACUUUACUUAAGCUCAACGAUGACAUCUUGAAGGCUAUGAAGAAGGGCGAAAUAACACUAGCAGUAUUCACCUACUAUUCGAAAGCUUUCGAUACGGUAGAUUUCCGAAUUCUGUUAAAGACGCUAUAUGAUCUUGGGUUUCCAACGGAUUUUUUGCUUUGGAUUCACAGUUACUUAGACGGUAGAAAGCAAUUUGUCCAGAUUGAUGAUCGUAAAUCUGGAUUGCUAACGGUAUAAUUUGGUGUUCCCCAGGGAUCGAUAUUGGGCCCAGUUCUUUAACCUGUACAUGGCUGACUUACAGAAUGGCAAAUUUGAUUGUAAUUACUUACAGUAUGCCGAUGAUACGUCCUUAUAUCAGCACACCAAGGUUAAAAAUUUGAGCAAAUGUGUAGAUGAUAUGCAGAAAGAACUGGACCGUGCGAAUAGCUGGUCUAAGAAUUCGAACUUGCUAAUGAAUCCUACCAAGACAAAAACGAUGGUCUUUUCAACAUCCCAGAUGUCCACAACUCAUAACCUGGCUUCGUUGGAUCUUGUCUCGAUGCAUAUCAAUCAUCAAAACAUCGAACGAACAAAGUCAUGGAAGGUUUUGGGUAUGAAGCUUAACGAACACCUUAAAUGGAACCUUCAUUUAGACGAAGUUAUAAGAUCGUGUUAUGCUGUUUUGGCUGACUUGCGACGGUUAAAGAGAUUUACAACAUUUCAUUUAAGAAAACAAUUGGCUGAAUUGCUAGUAUUGUCAAAAUUGGACUAUUGCAACUGUCUAUACGAGUCAUUGCCUGCAUACCUUUUAAAACGGCUGCAAAAGGUUCAAAACUCGGCUGCUGGUUUUGUUAAUGGCAGGUAUUCUAAAGCUGGAGAUGUGGUCUCAAUUGGUUGGUUACUAAUUAAAGAAAGAAUCGAUUACAGUAUUGCCAAACUUGCAUUUCAAGCUCUUAAUGACGAAAGAUGGCCAGGUUAUUUAACACUAGAAGUAAAAGAAGUUACUAGAGUUUUGAGAAGUAACAGUGAUGGUACUUUAAGACUCAAACACUCUUACAUCGAAGAUACGUUUCAGUAUAAUGCUGCAAAAGUUUUUAAUGAUAUUCCUGAUAAUUUUAAAUGUAUGGAUUUUAAAAACUUUAAGAUUUCUUUAAAGAAACUUUUACUAGAUCGUAGUAAGGAAAGACUAAACUUAGACUGA